CGCUCUACCAUCUAGCGGCAGAGACCAAAGUGCCCAUCGCACCAUGUCGGCCGCCGAAACCGCUGUUUCUCCGACGACGACGCCGCAGCCGCAGCUGCAAUCGGAUCCGAACGCCGCCGCCGACGCGGCCAGUUCCAAUUCUCUCUGGGUGGCCGACGAGACGCAAACCCUAACCGAGGUCCUGCUCCAACCCCAACCAAACCACCUGUCGCCUCCUCCUUCUGGUGAAGGGGACGACGGGAUCACUGCCUCCGGUGCUCCUGUUGGUGGGGACGCCGCGGCAUCUGCUUCUGCUGCGGCGGCGGCUAACGCGACGAUAGAAGAGCGGGUGAGGGGGCCGUGGUCCCCAGAGGAGGACGCGGUGCUGAGCAACCUCGUGGAGAAGUUCGGGGCGCGGAACUGGACGCUGAUCGCGCGUGGCAUCCCGGGCCGCUCCGGCAAGUCCUGCCGCCUGCGCUGGUGCAAUCAGCUCGACCCCCAAGUCAAGCGCAAGCCUUUCACUGAAGAGGAGGACCGCAUUAUAAUGGCAGCUCAUGCUGUCCAUGGGAACAAGUGGGCAUCUAUCGCAAAGCUUUUGGAUGGGAGAACAGACAAUGCCAUCAAGAAUCACUGGAAUUCCACCCUGAGGCGUCGCUACUGCAAUGAUGGCCAAUGCAAGCAUGGUGGUUCUGUGGAGCGAAGUAUCCCAAAGGUGUCCAGGGAAGUUUCAGAAGAACCUUGGCCUUUAAACGAUCUUAAUUCCUUCACCGCUAUGGAUGUAAAGGAUGAUCCUGUGCAAACAGCUCCAGAUACUUCUCCUCGGGCAAGGCACAUCACAGAUCAUUGUUCUAUUACUCAAGUCGUUGAUCCACCAUACCUGUCCCGACCAGCGGCAAAGAUUGGUGCUUUCAGACCAUAUUAUCUAGGACACACGGAACCUACCCAACAAGAAAUGCCAGGUGCUGUCGUCAUGUUUGACUCAACUCAUAAAGUCUCGACUCCUGAAAGCGAGGUAUUCAAGUUUGUUGAUCCUAUAUGCUUUGCUGCUGAGGUGCCAGACAAAUGUGGGUAUGGUUGCUGCGGUGCUCAUGAGCAGCAUCGUAAGAACUCAUUGCUGGGUCCUGAGUUCAGUGAGUUUGAAGGUCAUCCACCUGUUUUAAAUAUUAGCUUUGCUUCAUUGGUAUCAGAAAUUAGCAGCAUUGCCUGGAUGAGAAGUGGUAUGCAAAGCAGUGAUUCCAGCAACUUGAUGCAAUCAAUUCCACCAACCUGACAAAGUAGGAAUCUUUUGUCAGUGGCGGAUCCAGAAACAGAUCAAAUGAGGGGCUAAAUUAUGGAUUGGGGAGGCUGGAGAUGGCUGCAAUGCGAAUGAAUGGAACCACCAUGUAAAUAAUGUGCGAAUUACAAACGCGUGUGGGUUGCUGUGUGCCGUGCACAUGGGUGAUGAACUGAUGGACCUGCAUUGUGCUGUUAUGCGCCUGCAUCUUGUAAUCGUGGGCCUUCUUCGUAUUACUAUGCUGAAAUCACUACAUGGUACUAAGUGUUACUUAGGCUGCUGGACCGGGGCUGCAGCCCCGCCAGCCCUGGUCCUGGAUCCACCCCUGCUUAUGAACUUGCAUGCUGGAGUAUUCUGUAGUUGUUUGCUAUAUUCAGACAUAGUGAUGUCAGGUCAUUAAUUACAAUCCUGGGGCUCACUGUCAAUAGGUGACGAUGCAUUUUCUUUUGCAAGCAUUAAUUUAUAUUUAUUUCGGUGUUUCCACCUUAAUAUAAUUCUAUGUUAGCCUAAAGUAGAUAUUGUACUGUACCGUGUGUAGCUGUGCUGCUUAAGGUAUUGGCCGUGUUUAUUUCAUUGUAGAAAAACACAUGCUAUCUAUUUGAUGUUUGUAGUUGUCUUCAGUUC